CACAUAUAAAAUUCCGAAACAUAUGUAAAUUACAGUCUGAAAUAUUACUGCACUCACAGAUGCAUAACCAUGUUUGUGAAGUAUAUAAAGUUUACAUAAAUAAGCAUGUACAUAAGUGCAACAAGCACAUGGACGCGCGCCUUGUAGACACAUCAGUAAAACAAUUUGCUACACAUAAAUAGUACUACAAAAAUAAAUCCGCAAUAAACAACGGCAAACAACAUACAUAAAUCGAUACAGACCACAUACAAAAACUAAAGAAAUGCACAACAUGUUGAGUGAAAAUACAAAGCUGCAAGGCUAGUGCUUCAGUUAAUACACACAAAUUAACGCAACAUAGAGUGCAAUAAUCUCCUCUUGUCGAUACUACCAGCGAUGGUAACUUGCAGCAUGGUGGACACUGUGCCCAUUUCGAAAAUGAAUACCGCGCAUGCUCGAAAGCCACUAAGCAGCAAUUCUUCCGGUUUCCGGCUUUUGGACGCCGAUCACUUGGAAACAGCCUCAAGCGUCAGCAAAAAUUCUGUUUACAAAUUAAAAAUUGACCUGAUGUUCGAUGACACCAGAUCUCUACGCAGCAAUCGACUUGAUGACACCAGAGGAUCACAUCGAACUCGUUCCAUAAUCAUGUAUGGACGAAGUGAGUUGGCAAGCACAGGGCAGAGUGCUCGAUCCAUUACAAGUUUGCUGCAGGAAUCUACCGAGUCGACGAAAAACCUUGCAACUUCCACUAAAAAAGAUGUGCAACGUAUGAGUAAUAGUGUUCAGGAACAAAUCGAGCAGCUUUUUACUGAUGUGGCUAAAGAUGCCACCAGCAGCUUUACAGUUAUAUACUUGGGCUCAUUACCGCUAAAAGAUAAAGUAACUAGCCUUCAAGGGCUUCAGCCACCUCUUCGUGAACUUUAUUUAAAGGAGUUGAAUACUAAGAAAAAGUGCUUUGGUUUUCUGGAAAUCUGUACAACUGGAUUGCGAGUUAAAAUUAAUGCUAAUUAUAACACCAACACUCAAAGUGAAGAGAAUAUCACUCCAUUUCACAACAUAGCAGUUUGGUCCGCAGUGAAAUUCGUUGUCUCAGAUAGUGAUGGCGGUGCUGCUUUUUUACCGUUGAUUACAGAUCCGGACAAUAUUGACAAAACGUCCUUAUUUCGUCCAUUGGAUGGCAAUGAAAAAAAUCAUGUUCCAAAUAAUGGGCAUUCUCCAAUUUUUGCAGUCGUUAUGCGGGCCCCCGGUUUGCCAAAGGUUCUAAAAUGCCAUGCAUUCAUUUGUAAAAGUACCGAAGAUGCAAUUGUUAUCGCUGCCACAUUGUACCAGAGCUUAAUGGCCCACGUAAAUUCUAGUUCGCAUCGAAGCACUAAACGACGUACACCACGUAAUCAAAACGGCGUUAGUUGUAUAAGUAUUGCUAGUAGUUCGGCUCGAACGGGGUCAAAUUAUUUAUCACAAUCCCAAGCCUUAUCUAAUGGUCGGAAAAGUUCCCUGCGUAGUUCUAGUGAAAGCAUGGGCGCCGCAGAAAUUGCUACACCUCCUAGAUCUGGGCGGAAAAAGCGUGGUUCCAACAGCUUUCUUACUUCUAGCAAUAAUGUUAUUAACGAGACGGAAACUACAACUGAAGAACGAAGACGUAAAUCUCAAAAAAGUAAACGUGCCCCUCCGGUUCCUAACAGUUUACACUCUAAUAACUCUGUACGUAACAUAGGUAAUCAAGCUGGCAUUGCUCUCAAAGACGCAUUUUGUGAUGGUUGUGGAGGUAAUAAUAUUAGUAACUUUUUUUUACUUGUAAAUUCGAUAGCGAGUGCUUACUAUUCCGAAAUUUUAGGUGGCGGCUUCUUAUCGGUUGCGGAUUCAUUGGGUAGUAACUCUAACAGCGUCCUACGUAACGAUAAUAAUGGAGAUAUACUAACGCGCGUGGCAAUACCUCGAUCCGGUAGCUUCCUAAACACGGGAGGACUUACGCGGUAUAAAUCAAGAGCUGCGCGUAGACAUUCUGGUAAACUAGGCGGAGGUGGUGGUUCACCACUUGGUUUCAGCGAACUGUUUAAUGAAUUCCGCUUGCAUGAAAACCUUCAUUCAUUGGACGAAAUUCUUUAUGCCAUAAUUGACGCCGAUGGUAUGUCAUUCAACGAUCUUAAGCCAAUCUACAAAGAAUUCCUUAUGAAAUUGGCGGUAACUCUCACAAAGGAUGAACUCUUCCAGCGAUCAAAGAAUAUUAUGCGGCGACAAAGGAAAAAAAAGUUGAAGCAUCGAAGUAACGCUCCAGUAACACAGAAAAAAUCCAAAACGUUUAUGUUUGGAACGAGGAGUUUAAAAAAAGUUCUCCACUUAGGCCAAUUUAGAUCUUGUCGCGGCAAACCAAUGUCAAAAUUUCCCCCGAAUAAAAAAGAAGAAGUCCAAAAUCUCAGUAAGAGUAGAGCGCAUGCAGUUAAACCAUCCGUCACAGGGCAGUCAAAUGACCAUCAGCGGAUGCGAGUAGCAACCAGUGGUUCGGACGUAUCGGUGGUGCGCAAAGACAACACCCUUCGUGGGCUAAAUAGAAACAGCAGCAGCGGCUACGUGUCUUGUUCCGAGUGCAGCUAUGAUUCAGAAUCAUGCACGUGUACAUCAGCGGACCGAUGUUACUGCAGUCUACGAACGGAUCACGUCGACAGCAGAUUACGCCACAAAAGUGAACGAAACAUUAUUACGUCAAAUAAUACAACUAGCAUCAGCAGACGAAAUACAAAUAACUCUUCCGGAGGUAAUAUUAAUAGGGAUUCCUUAAUAUCUUGCAAGUCGGAUGAAAAAUGCUACUGUUCCAUGGUGGAAGAAGAGAGUGCUUUGCCCGUGUGUGAUUUUACAAACACACAUUCGGAUACUACGUGGUGUGAUACUGAUAGUUGUGUCAGCACUAGCAAAUGUUAUUGCCAACGCAGCCAGCGUGAUCGUCAGCAAAGAUCUAUUCGUGGUGACACGAGCACUCGUUUUUCGCACAAAGGUAGGACUAAAAGUCGAACCACCGCAGAGAAGCUAGCUUUGGAUUACGAGCUCUUUACGAUAAGCAGUAAUGGAAAGUCGGUCCAACCACAUGAAGCUUUAAGUGUAAAAAAAAGUGUAGAAGCAGCUGCUAUUUUUGCCGAUAUGAAACUUAGUCAAACAACUGACAUUAAAAGCAUGUGUCCACCACCUUCGAUUAAGUCUAAGACUAGUUUAUCGGUAAGAAGUGCGCGCAGCGAGCAAGGAAAGAAGUUUGUUCAGUCCGUAAAGAAGCGUGAUUCCUCUAGUAUCGAUCGACGGCACAAACAUCAUAGUACCGGUGUUUUAUCGUCGAGUUCAUCCCAAAAAUCUCAUAGCGCUGAAGAUUUAUUGGGAAAAUUGAGAGCAAUGGAAAAAAACUCAAAAUCAGAAUCGUUGAAGAGUGCUCGCGACAAAGGUCAAACUUUGCUUACAGAGUUUGAAAAACAUGGCAGUUUGCAUUGUAAUUAUCAGUCGAUGCAAGCUGUGAAUGCCUCUUUGGAAGACACUUUAGGGUAUUUGCCAUAAAUCGAAGUUAUGAUGUAUUUAAAUAAACUUCUACGUAUAUUAAUAUUCAUUGUACAUAUAUACUUAUGUAAUGGAAAAAUUCAACUUCUUUGAAUUUCGCUCGACACCUCUAAGAAGGAACGAUUGCGCGAGGUUCAAACAAUUGGCUUCUUAAUUUUGUCACAUAAAAAUAUGUGUUUAAAUUGUUACUGUGAGCAAAAAUAGUAAGGCUUUUAAAUUUAAAUUUCGCGUGAAAACCAUUUGUCGAAAUAUUUUUUUCCUAGGCUCGUAUGACUAUGACAUCCGUGCACACUUUCACAACGUAAUAAUCACUAGUGUUAGUCUUUCUGAAGUACAUAAAGUUCACUAGGCGACUUUUACGAUGAGUGAAAUUAUUCAACAAAGAAUUUCCCUUAAAUUUUGUGUUCAGAAUUAAAUUUCUGGUGCCGAAAUGUUCAAAAUGUUGGAAAAGACCUUUGGUGAUAAUUGUUAGUCGCUAGCAAGAGUUUUUGAUUGAUAUAAAUUAUUCAAAGAAGCUCAAGUGUCGUUGACGACGAACCACGUCCAGCACGGCCAUCACCAUAAACUGAUGAUCAACACCUCAAUAAAAUAAAAGAAUUGUUGCUUGAGCAUCGACGAUUAAUAGUUCCUAAAUUUUUUCGAAAACCGCGUCUCGUUAACGUUUGUGAAACAAUGUUUUCCGACUACCAGGCUGUCAAGAAAAAGGUAAAAAAUCAAGGUUAUUUUGCCAGUUUUCAUCGAUUAUCGUGGUGUGAUGCACUCCGAAUUCCUUCCAACCGGCCAAACUGUCAACAAGGAAUUCUAUUUGAGUGUUUUGCGUCGUUUGCACGUAGCUAUUUGUAAAAAGAGGUCGGAAUUGUAGGUCGACAACUCUUUGUCCCAUACUGCAUUGGUUCUUCGUGAGUUUUUCGCCAAAUUUUCAAUCACUAUCGUGCCGCAACCACCGUAUUCGUCUGAUUUAGCUCCGUGUGACUUCUGGCUGUUCAGCAAACUCAAACGACCGCACCGGGUAAACAGUUUUGAGUCAAUUGAAGACAUUAAACGUUAAUCGAUACGCGCAAUGAAGACUAUUCCGAAAAGUGACUUCAACUCCUGUUUCGAAGAUUGGGGACAAGGGAGAUUACUUUGAGGGGACGACAUAGACUUUGAAGAACAUAUUAAGAAUUUUAAAAUGAUGAACAAAGUAUUACUAUUUUUUGCUCAUAGUAGUAUAUUAUGUGUAUAAAAGCAUACUAUAUAUUAAUGUAAAACGUUAAAUGUAUAAUAAGUAAUUAAUUAGUAAGCACAUUUAAGA